AGCAAAGCGAAGCCUAAUCGUGUUCGUGUUGGCCAUGGGGUUCAACAGAGCACAGUUGUUUGCUGCGCUGACCCUGGGCUUGCUCAUCAUGUCCCACAGUGCGGAGGCGGUUCAUCCACGUCCCCGGAUAUGCCACUCCCCAAGCCAUCUUUAUCGUGGCUCAUGCAACAACAGGAAAUGCGUGGAGGUGUGCCACCACGAGCACUUCACCGGCGGCUACUGCUCACGUAAAGGGAUUGUUAAAAAACUUCAUUGUGAAUGUACCAUAAAAUGCGACCAUCAUAGUCCUCCACCGCCGUCAGAAGUGCCGGAGCCGCCGUCUUCUGAACGGCCACCACCACCACCAAGAGUCAUGUAGGCGAGAAAAGUUUAUGGAGCCACUGAAAGGAUAAUAUUUGCGUCUCCAUGGAAAUGUCCAUUUUGUAAGGAACUAGACAGGAAUCAUUGAUCGAAUGAAAAUAAUUUGCAGUAUCGAGACAAUAAUAAGAAAACCUCUUUCA